AUGACCACCGUAACACCCCAAGUCAGCAUCCAGGACCUCCCUCCAGAACUCCUCGGCAUCGUGCAGGAUUUCUUGCCUCUAUACGAUGCUGUUCGGCUAGGCCUAUGCAGUCGUCGUCUCAAGGAGCGUACGGACCCUCAUCUAUGGAAAAAGGUUCUUUGCAAUAUUGAGCAUGAGAAGUCCGGUGGGAUCAGAUACGUUGGCAGAAACAGCGACGGGGAAAGAUGGACCUUUCUGAAAGGUAUCGAGCCACAGGUUCCACAGCUGGAACUCUGUCAUUAUUGUCGGAUUUUCCAUCCUAGAUUGCUUAGUAAUCAAUCGCUAUGGAGGCCCCUAACCACCGAUAUCCAUCAGGAAUGUGAUUGCGAUACGAAGGAGGUCCAAUUCCGCCGCUGGGGUAUUGACUGGGGUUUCGGCUUCCGGGACGUCUAUGCCAUUAUGAUGCGCCAAGCAUUAUCGUUGAAGCAUGGCGUUGCCUUGUCAGAUCUGUGCAUCUCGACAGACUGGACUUUUGCAAGGGCGUACAGGAAUCUCCACAACGCUUCAAGAUCCCCCUUCAAGCGCUUUGUCAGUUAUACGAAGCUCGACACAGAGGCUGUCAUCAGGGACGAACACCUCCUCGUCCACAGGAUACAACGGCUGUGGAUGCCUAUCCAUCUCCAAGGGACGGAUGUUCUGGUUCGUUACGGUGCAGGGGAUAUCGCAGGUGAUUUCAAGAUUUGUGCGCACCAUGGUCCGCAAUCUGGCGAAAUGAUUAACAACUUCACCAUCCCGCUUCGCGAGGGCAUCAAGUAUGUCCUGGCUGCUCGGAGAAUGACCAGUAGUGAUGAGGAUGGGCCAUUGCCCUACAUCAUUAAAAGGUGUGAGGACUGUCCUACAGAAUACGCCAUCUCAUGUCAUGUACAUGAUGACAACAGCGUUGAGGUUGUGAUAAAUGUCUGGCAAAACCUAGGCACCUGCCAAAGUCCUCAGACUUCUGGUUGGCUCAACUGCUGGGGUAUGCUUAAUGUGCGAUUGUGCGAGACACCAGACGAUACAUCAAGAACUGCGUGGUACCACUCCGGGGUGGGCUAUGUAGCCGAUGCCACUCUAUUCCAAACCCGCGCUGGGACGUCGGCCGUUGGCCACCCUUCCUCCGCGCCGGUGUUGCGGGAAUGGUCGCAAAUUCAGGGACAAGCCGCUGCUUCCCUACAAGCGCCGGGUAGGAACAACUACCUUGACGUUGUCCCUCAACUCUCGACACAUCAUUUCAGGAAAAUCCGCUCGAGCAUCAUCAACGCUCGGUAUGAGACCGGCCCCCGACGACCUUUGCAUCCUUUUCGCCAUGAGUUUAGAGGAAACGAUGGCCAGUUUGUGCCGACGGAUCGUCUGAGAUAUACACGUUCGCUGUAUUGGGGCAAGAAUCAAUUGAACCCUGUGAUUCAAAUAGACACAAAUGCGAAUCAAACAGACACACGGACUGUUGAAGCGCCUACCAACUAG